GCUGAAUAUUUAAAGGAUGAAUGUGGAGUUAUUGGUUGGCUAUUGGAUUUUUUUUUUUCUUUUCCUAUUUUCACUAUUUUAAAUUCUGCAGGUAAAGCGAUAGUGAGCUGGGAGCUUAAAGACAUCUGUGGUGGAGGGGUGAGUCAGCGGGUGCAGAAGAACUAAGAAUUGGUUCCUCGGUGAGACGGUCGCCUCUUCCUCCAGAGAGGAGGCGGCAGGGCUGCUCGUGGGACCGAACUCCCGGUCCGCUCCCAGCUCCAGGAGGACUCGGGCAAACAACGCCCCUCAGCCGCCUCGGUCCUGGCCAACAUUUUAUCCACUUCCCCCGGCCUGCGCGCAGAGAAGCUGGAUCUAGCACGAAUCCACCGCGGGCCACUCACCCUGUGGGUAACUGCGGGCCGGCAGAAGCGCCCAGAUGCCAGCGGUCCCCGCCUUUGAGAGUCGACGGCAAACCGGUACUUGACUGUGGUUUGCGGGGAGACUGGCGCUGCACUGUUGAAUUCCAAAUUACGUGCAGAAUGCUGAAUCUUCUAAGCAGGACGGAUCAGACAGUACGCAGAAGCGGGCCCCGGUAAUUCUGCGACUGCGUUUUGCCAACGUGCCUCCUCCAGCUUCGCACCAAGCCUCGGGUAGGAAGGGAGUUGGGGCCGGAGGCCAGCGCAACCGGUGGAUAGGGUCCGCGUGUAGCCCCGCGCGCCCCUGGCCAUGUCGCCUUUAACGCCCUGCCCCUCUGCGUGGCUUUCUGAGGGUUUGCACGGCAGGCCGGGGCUGCUUCCCACCCGCGCGCUCUCUCUCACCCCCAGCUAACCCCAACGGGCAAGGCUCCCCCGAGCCGAGACCUUUUGACUCUGCUCCCUCGCUUCCGCCUCCGCCCUCGCCCGGGGGUGGCUCUCGAGAGCCGGACCUCGCCGGCCCCGGCUGGGACCAUGGUGUUUCUCUCUGGAAAUGCCUCCGACAGUUCCAACUGCACCCACCCGCCCGCACCGGUGAACAUAUCCAAGGCCAUUCUGCUCGGGGUGAUCUUGGGGGGCCUCAUCAUUUUCGGUGUGCUGGGCAACAUCCUCGUGAUCCUCUCCGUGGCCUGCCACCGGCAUCUGCACUCGGUCACUCACUACUACAUCGUCAACCUGGCGGUGGCCGACCUACUACUCACCUCCACCGUGCUGCCCUUCUCAGCUAUCUUCGAGAUCCUGGGCUACUGGGCCUUUGGAAGGGUCUUCUGCAACAUCUGGGCGGCGGUGGACGUCCUGUGCUGCACCGCGUCCAUCAUGGGACUCUGCAUCAUCUCCAUCGACCGCUAUAUAGGUGUGAGCUACCCGCUGCGCUACCCCACCAUCGUCACCCAGAAGAGGGGUCUCAUGGCUCUGCUCUGUGUCUGGGCCCUCUCCCUCGUCAUCUCCAUCGGGCCACUCUUUGGCUGGAGGCAGCCGGCCCCGGAGGACGAGACCAUCUGCCACAUCACCGAGGAGCCCGGCUACGUGCUCUUCUCGGCGCUGGGCUCCUUCUACGUGCCACUGACCAUCAUCCUGGUCAUGUACUGCCGGGUCUACGUGGUGGCCAAGAGGGAAAGCAGGGGCCUCAAGUCUGGCCUCAAGACCGACAAGUCGGACUCGGAGCAGGUGACGCUCCGCAUCCAUCGGAAAAAUGUCCCCGUAGGAGGCACCGGGGUGGCCAGCGCCAAGAACAAGACGCACUUCUCCGUGAGGCUCCUCAAGUUUUCCCGGGAGAAGAAAGCGGCCAAAACACUGGGCAUCGUGGUCGGCUGCUUCGUCCUCUGCUGGCUGCCUUUUUUCUUGGUGAUGCCCAUUGGGUCUUUCUUCCCUGAUUUCAAGCCCUCAGAAACAGUUUUUAAAAUAGCAUUUUGGCUCGGAUACCUAAACAGCUGCAUCAACCCCAUUAUAUACCCGUGCUCCAGUCAAGAGUUUAAAAAGGCCUUCCAGAAUGUCUUGAGGAUCCAGUGUCUCCGCAGAAAGCAGUCUAAACAUACCCUGGGCUAUACCCUGCACCCUCCCAGCCACGCCGUGGAGGGGCAGCACAAGGACCUGGUGCGCAUCCCAGUGGGAUCAGGAGAGACCUUCUAUAAGAUCUCCAAGACGGAUGGGGUCUGUGAAUGGAAAUUUUUUUCUUCAGUGCCCCGUGAAUCUGCCAGGAGUACAGUGUCCAGAGACCAGUCAGCCUGCACCACAGCCCGGGUGAGAAGUAAAAGCUUUUUGCAGGACUUUUAACCCUGAAACCACCUGCACACAGCUCCGGUCCAGCCUGGUUGGAACACUAUUGGCACCUGCUCCUUGUCUACCCACUGUGCCGGGGAGCAAGGCUGAGCCCAGGCUGCUGCGGGGUCCACCGUCUUCAAAAAGCAAUGACAACAGUGGCCUCCUGGCCCUCCAAAGUCCCCGCAAGAUGAGUGAGUGGAGAUGACUUUGGGGGCCGGGACUGGUAAAAGCAAAUUAGGAUUUCGGCAGAGGACACCGGGCCCCUUGCCCCUGUUCCCAUCAGCAUGGCCUCACUCGUGCCCCCCACCCCAGAUCCAGAUGUCGUGGGGGCUGAGGAUGGAGCUCAUCUGCUCUGUGCAGGAAAAUAUUAUUUCUUCUCUGCUACCACAACACGGAUUCCUGAGUCUCCCGGCUAGAAGGAAGGGUAUGGCGGUGGGCAGGGGGCGGUGUUGAGGAGGAAGGAGAAGACUUAUCCUGGACAUCGCUCAAAGCAGGAUGCGCGGUUUCCUAACACUUUGCUGCAACUGAUAAGCAAGGAACUGCCCUGAAGCUGCUUGCUGCAUCAUUUCCAAACACAAAAUGAUUGUUUUUCCCUGUGGCUCGGGAGUCAUUACAGCACUUUCCCCCUAUAUUCCAGUCAACAGAGCCACAUUAUAAGCUGGAAAUGAUUAGUGCUAAGCUAUGAGAAAUACAGACUUAAUUAGGUGAGAAAAAAUCUAAGAGCAAGUUCAUACUGUAUUUGUAGGAAAAAAAAAUAAUGAAGGCGCCAACCUAUUAAGAAGCCCGAGUACGGGAGGUGCCUUCAGAUGCAAUAGAAAAGAAGCUAAGACAGGAUGUUCCAACAUGAGCUUAGAAUGUCCUCUCAUCUGUGUAACACUUUGCACUUGCCCAAGUAAUUUCGCCUAUCUCAAGUCUUUCCUGUGAAGGACAAAGCUAAGGAAGGGUGUAUUAUCUGUUCUUAACAUCUGAAGAAACAUAGAGACUUGAGGAGGAUGCUUCAGAUAGCCCCAAAUCCAGCCUCUGACUCCAUUUUCCAUGACGCCCUCAAUAUCGCCAGGGUCCUCUGUGUUUCUCGAGACCGUGAAUUUCGUAUGUCACUCAUUCAUCUCUGAUCCAUAUUUUCGGCUCCAUUGGCACCUUCUCUGCUAUUACAUCCCUGCCGGAGGCUGGGCAAUGCAAGAUUGUUCAGGGUGUAUAUUUGUCUAUGCUUUUCUCAUUGGCUAAAUGACUAGCAGAUGUGAUUCUGUUCUUUCUCCGUAGUUAGGCAGCAUCAGAGCUGAGGAAGUAAGCGGGGCAGGGCGCUCUUGGCUUGCUCAGCAGGGUGACAGGUAAGGCAAAGCCAGCAGGGAUUAACACCUUAAGGACCUCAGGAAUGCAAAGGUUGCAAAGGAAGUUUCAGUGAGCCUGAGGGUUGUUGACACACCCCUUCGUCAUAGUGAGCAAGCUGCUCGCUUCCUCUCCUGCACCAGGCACUGCACUGGGCACGAAAAAUACUAAGAGGCACAGGCAGUCCCCAGCUCAUGAGCUGGGUGGGUUCCAGGUUCAUCUGUUGCAAGUCGAGAAUGCAUUUUUCCAAGAAGCAUUGUUACUGAUGGGGGAGGGGAAGGGUGUUCCCAGACCAACGAAGAAAAAUAAAAGUCUAUUUAAUGUACACCCGGGGUUGGCAAACUUUUUCUCUAAAUGGCUAGAUAGUAAAUAUUUGAGGCAUUGUGGGCCAUACGCUCUCUGUCACACAUUCUUUUUUGGUUUUUGCUUUUUUUUUGGACAGCCCUCUAAAAAUGUAGAAUCCAUUCUUAGUUCACAGGCCAUAGCAAAAAAAACAAAAAACAAAAACAAAACAAAACAACCCAUGGGCCCUAAUUUGCCAUCCUUGAUCUAUGCCGUCUCUAGCUUAUAGAACAGGAAUAAUAACAAUGCUAAACAGUGGAUUUGGGUGUUCAACUUAAAAGCAUCUUUUUUUUUAAGUAUGCCAUUGACACAUCUCCACUUGACCAAAUUAAUAUUUCCAACCUACAUGAUUUGUUAGAUGAAGGGACAAGUUCAUACGGGGGGGGGGAGGGGAAGGUGGGCUGCUCCAUAUAACCCGCUCACCCAAAAGACGUACUCUAGUACAACAUUGUGAUUUUCUGCCCAGGCCAUCGGAACAAGAGGGAGGCACCCACCACCCCUUCCCACUGCUGGGUUCUGUAAAACAGGCAGGCUGCAGAAGUCCAGGGAGUCCAUGGUGUAGGGGUGGGGUCUUCCAGCUUUUCAUCCCACUGAAAUUCUCCUAGCACAAUUCAGCUGAUUCCAUGAGUAGCAACAACCAGGGGGUGCCACUGGACCACAGCCGAUGUGAAAUCCCUCCCAGAACACUGGAGCCUGUUGAAAUGGGGGUCCCCAGAGGCUUUGGGGGCAUACUUGGCUCCUUGGGAAGGCCUUCUGACCACAGCACCUCGCACCAGGACAUCCGAGGGUCCACCCUGGGGAUCACCAAGAAGCGGGGUACAGAAAGGGGUGCUGGAGGAGAGAGACAUCUUCCAAACACAAAUACUAGCUUCUAGCAGGACUUCUCUUGCCUCUCUUCCUCAUCCUUUUCCUCCUUCUUUCCCUGGUUUCCAUUUUUAAGUCUGAAAUCACCUAACUAGACUCAAAAUGGUGCUGCCAUGGGGAAACAUUCAGUCCUUCCCUGUGAUGAUGAAGCCAUGUUUCUCGAGGCUGGCACAUUAUUGGAGGGACUUCCUGCCCUGACCCCAUCCCCUCUCCAGCCCUGAUGGGGCAGUGAGGGGGAGGCACACGCUGUCCAUUGGAAACAAGGGGUACAGUUCCGGUGGCCUACGCCAAGGUCCACAGUUUCGAGAGAUGAGACUCUGCAGCAGGGCGGGGGGUAGGGAAUGGGAAUGGGGACAGAACUGAUGAAGAAGAACCUAGCGAUAUCAAUAAUAAUAUCAGGAAUAUAUCUAAUAACGGAAUAAUAUCAAAAAUAUCGGUACCAACAGCAGCGCGUAUGUUGGCCACAGAAAGGAAGGCCUCUGGGCUGACACUAUGUGGCAGCCUCCCUUCCCUUCCCUUCCCUGUCCCCUUCCAUGUCGACCCUGACCCUCUCUCCUUUCCAGUCUCCUUUCCUUAUCCCUGCCUCUCUCUCCAUGAUUCCACCCUCUACUUUUUUUCAAACUGACAAGCAAUGAACGAUGGGGAAGGAACCCUUGCCCCACGGGGUGCCUGUUCCCAUGGGAUACAGUGCUCCAUGCAUUGCCCUGGGUGACAAGGGGGCCUUCCCUCAGCUUCUCUGUCCCCUCUCCGGGUCAGGCCUGACACUGCAAGCUGGUGUCCCUGAGGCCUUGGGGAGCCCCGGGCCAGAGUUGGGCGCCCCAGGGGAAGCCCAUUCAAGACCCCUCCACAAAGACUUGUACCUGGGCCGCCACUGCUGUCUUUCUGGGCUUAUACUAUCAGUUCCAUGUGAAAGGUACAAACACAACGUGCUGGUGGUCAAGCGUGGUUCCCUGUUAUUUCUAUCUCCACCCACAGGUGAGCACCUCUUUUACCAGCUGCCCCCUCCCACUUUAACAUUUCUGAACUCUUUACCGAGCCCUACAAUGUCACCUCUUUCUCUCCUGCGUCAUUGGUCUCUUGCCUCUGUGCGCCUUCACCUUUCACUCUCCCUCUUCACCCUUAGGGCCUUCAAGACCGUGAUGAAUCCCAAAGCAAACUUGGUUUCAUGUUAGCAUUAAGCAAGUUAAGCAAUUAAGCAAUGACUGCUCCCUCGGAAGGCACACUCUGCACAAAACUCAGCAGAACUCAACUGGGUGAAAGGUGCUCCUCAUCUAGCGCUCCCACUGCCUGUCCCCAUCCCCACCAGCUCCUCUGCCCCGGGAACUUGUUCACGGACUCUAUCUAUUCUCUCUUCAUAACUUUGUGCCAGGAACCUCUCUCCCCUACGCAGAGGGUCCUCUCCUACCCAAUGUGCUCCUGCUUUCGCUGGCACAGUUCCCCCUGGGGUAGGCUGCCGGGGCCAUCAUAGCAGAAUACCCCAGACUGGGGGCUUCAACACAGACAUUUAUUCUUUCACAGUUCUGGAAGCUGGAUGUCUGAAAUCAAGGUUCUGCAGGGUUGUCUCUUCCAAGGCCUCUCUCCUUGGCCUGCGGCGGGCUGCCUUCUCCGAGUGUCUGCCCAUCACCUUCACUCCGUGUGUGUCUGCGUCCUAAUCUCCUCGUUCUCUAAGGACACAGCCAGGGUGGAUCAGGGCCCACCCCAAUGACCUCAUUUAACCUUAAUGGCCUCUUUAAAGAACCUUUCUCCAAACACAGUCUCGUUCUGAAAGCCUGGGGAUUAGGACCUCAACAUAUGAAAUUGGGGUUGGGGGGAGGACAGUUUAACCCAUAAAACUUUCUCCCUACUCUCUCCUUUCUGCCUGCAAAAUCUUACCCACAAUUCUUUCCCCAACUCAAAUGUGCAAAUUCAGCCAUUCCUGCCCAUUCUCUCCGAGUCCCUAUAACAAAUGUCUUUAAAUUGCAUUUGACAAUUAAUGGUGCACUUUAUUUUUUAAUCCGUCUGUUGCUUUUUUAAAAUCUAUAGUUUUUUUCACCUUAAAAUGUACUUUACACUGCGCCUAUAUAGGUUCUGUCUUUCAACCAGAUUAAAACUCCUGGAGAGUGGGACCUGUCAUGUCACUCUGUAUGCCCAGAGCAGUACUCAGCCCCUGAGGGAUCCUAUCUAAGGACCAGGGCCCCUCCUGAGCAAGCAAGCAGGGAGGAGACAAAGAGGGACAAGGGACCAGAGCCAAGCGCUAGUUCCAGGCAGGGGCUGGGAGACCAGGUCCACAGGGCCUUGGAAAUACCAGCUGACCCACCAGGAAGGCUCAGGUGAUAGGGCUUCUGAAGAGUUAGUGAGAUUCUAAUCAGGGGUGGAGAGCACAGCAGUGAGGAAUCCCACGUUGGCUGCCAUCUUGAGUCAGGGCAGGCACAGAAUCCUCCAGGAGACCUCUGCACCUAGAAAAGCAGACCCCCAUCAGUGAAUGGUCCAGACCCUAGACCCUGAGAGCAAGGUGAGAUGCAAUAAGAUGGGGUGAAGAACCAACAACAGAACCCAGUCCCAGGAAAUGGGUCACUGAGGAGCGCGCCAUAGGCUGUGAUCCCCACUGGGCCCCAAUCCUGGCAAUGGGGGAGUUAAUGCUGUUUCAGGGACGUCCUCCCCACAUCAGGAGCAGCGUGGAAAAUGGGUGCCCAGGAGCCUUCAGGUAGUUUUUCUUCCACUCUGUCUCACAGCUUAGAAAGAGUAGAGGAAAGGAAGUGACACUGACUUGAUUGGAUAUAAGGAUGUAGACAGCCAUUCCCUGCUAAAAUGCUUUCUAAGUCUUACCUUCUGCAGACCGCCUCCCACUAUUCCUGCCCCAGCCCUCAGUGACUCUACCGUAGGGUCUUAGCCCCUGCUGCUCCUACCUCUUGGGUGCUGCUGCCCGUUCCGUGUGGUUUUAGAGGGUCUUGGCCUGGUGACCUUGCUUCUCUUGAGAAAUUCAGUUCCAUUUCUGUUUCCUCAACCCCACCUAAACCUUUUAUUGUGGACAAAUUGAUCUCUGGCAGGGCGCUGCCCUGACAGUCAUGGAAUGAUGCCUUCUGCCUGGUUCCUGCUGAGACGCAAAGAGCAUUUAUCCUCAUUUGGAGGGAUCGGGACUGCUCUAAGUGCAUAGCAACGACUGUCGCGCUUUCUGGGCAAGGCAUGGUGCCACUUUGGUUUCCCGUGCCCCUGCCCCCUCCCUGGGGCCCUGCUCAAAUUGGAAGUGUCUCUGGCCCCACAAUAUCCAUCACAAUGGGACAGCCUUGUUGGCUAAGAGUUUGUGCUUCACCAGCUUCCAUCCCAUCUAGAAAUUACAGGAGGAAAAAUCAAAUGGAAAGCCAGCGCCUACCAAAGUAGUGAGUGUAUUUCAGCCAAAACCAUCCAAAAACAGGUUUGAUUGAGUACAGCAAUGGCUUAUUGAUUUAUCCAUCAAAAAAAAAAGAAAAAAAACUUGUCUUUCUUCCCCAGUCUGGUCCCCAUUCCUUUUGCUAAACCCAGCCUUAUCUUCAUAAUGAAAAGGUUUCAGCUCUGCAGCUUGGCUAAUUAAAGUCUCAAGGGUUGGAAAGCCUUUGGCUCAUUAAUCAAAAGCUAAGGGAGCGUCAGGAUGAAUGCUUUGCCAUCCACAGCACCUCCCCCACCCAGCCUCUGCGUCCUGGCAGAGGUGACAGUCCUUGUAUAAGGGCAGGGGAAGAGGGAGCACUGAUGAAUAGGUAGGUGGAUGAGCAGCUUUAAUCAAAAAUAAGGAUGCCCAAAUGCCAUCUGACAAGAAGGCUAUUAAAAAAACUAAGGUGAUGAAAUCUUUUUAAGAGCAAAACAAGCAAGUAUUACAAAAAUUUAAAUAACAAUGUUUCGUUUUCUACAUACUUUCUUAAGGGAGUUAAACAUUGACUAGGGACUAAUUGGAUUAAAAAGUGGGGUCCCCUGCGUGCUUAUGUCCCCAUCUCCAGCAGCUCACCUCACCCUCUGCCUUCCUACUCCGAACAUCACUCAUGACCCUUAUACCUAAACUUCAGCACACGGUCACUGACACUCUGCAACAGAAAUUUUACUUCAGCUUUUAAAGCCUGAAUCAAAACACAUGCUUUCUUCAUCAGUUGUGGAGGGAAAAAAAUAGCUCCCUUUGUCUCUGGGGUAUAACAAGUCACAGGCAGCCCACUUUCCAAUGAUACCACACCUACUUAACCCAAUAUUGCAGACAAUGAAAUGAGUGUGCUCCGUAUGAGGCACUGUGAUGAGGUAUACAGAGAUAAAGUUUAAGUAGGAGAAAUUACAUUUAGAGCACCUACUGUGUGCCAAGUCCUUUGCACCUUUAGAUAUGGUAAAAUGUAAGAUUAUUUUUGAAUUUAUUUAUUUAGAGAGAGAGAGCAUGUGAUCGGGGGGGAGGGGCAGAAGAAGAGGGAGGGAGAGAAUCUCUGGCCAACUCCACGCUGAAUGCGAAGCCUGACGUGUGGCUCAACCUCACAACCCUGAGGUUGUGACCUGAGCCGAAACCAAGAGUCGGACGCUUAACUGGCUGAGCCACCCAGGCGCCCUAACAUGUAAGACUUUAUGGUCACAUUACAAAAGAAACGUUUUCACAGAGAACCAAUAGGAUGAUACGGGUGUGAGAAGAAUAGAGUCAAGUCUGAUAGCGAGUGAGGAAAAAGACAAAGCCUGGAAAGAGUUGAGCCUUCCGGUACCUCUUCCUGCAGUUAGUUCACCCGUGCUGGCCACCCACCUGGCCUGACUUAACCACCUUCACCCAGAACCAGUCAUCGGAGGAGAACUAGCAGGAUCUCGUCACUAGGCUUGGGAAAAGAGCCAUGGCCUGGGAGGCAUAAGGCCUGGGCUCAAUUUCAGGCCCCUUCUCAUUACCUAACUAAGUGAUCUUGGACAAGUCAUUUGACCUCUCUUGACUGCAUUUUCCUCACCUGUGAAAUGGGGUAAGCAAAUGCAAUGCUGCACAUAAAAAUGCCUCAUGAGGGCUGAUACAAUGUGUGGAAUCAUAGAAGGCCCCCAGGAAAUGCUAGCACACUUUGCCUGUCUUCGUUUGCCCUCCCAAAUGCUAUAUUAAUUCAACUUUAUUAUAAAUUACAUCACCUGUAAAGUGUCUUAAAGCACCGAAAACUCUACAUGCAGGAAAAGAUGGACUAAGUCUUUUACUUUCUUUUACUUUCCAACCCAGUUGAUCUGUUUCCAGAAAUGGGUCGUCACCAGUUCAAGAAACUAAUUACUCUUUCAUGAGAAAGUCACAAGAGCUGUGGUGCCAUUGCUUGGAUUGCAAUCUUUCUCGAAUUAACUACUUACUUGGCAAUAGGAAGUAUUUUUUUUACGACAGUUGUUUUAUGAAAGACACUCUAUAGCAUGCAGUUAUUAUAUAAAAGCUGUGUGUGUGUUUAUGUAAAUGAUGCUAUGAGAAAGAGGAGUAAUUUUGGCCACUGGAAGACAGUAGAAAAUUUGAAGCAAAGUUAGGGUUUAAAAUCGUCUAAAGAAAUAGGGAAGCACCUGGCCUGGGUGACUAUCAGAAGUGUUUACAAGACAAAACAGCAAAUUCCCAGUCAUGACCCACAGGCAGUUUUGAUUUCAGCCACAACCGAAAUCCACAUCAUGGAAAGGCCAACUCAGUCUCUGCUCUAAUUUCAAGUUGCCAGUGAGCGCCGUGGCAUUUCUGUGCCCCCCCCUUGUACGAUCUCUGGGACCCUUCCAGGCGGGUGGCUUCACAGGAAAAUCCAUACUGCAAACUCCACUCACCACGACUCAGUAGGGCAGGCAGCCAUACUCAAAGGCCGUGUUUGACAGGGACCUGCCACCUCUCCCUGCCAAAUGGCCUCUUGUGAUUCGAAAUCUCAGACUUGUUUUAAGCGGAGGGGGAAAGUCACUUUCAGGGAUGAAGUUCUUGGCCCAGCUCUGCUUUGUGUAAACACCGUCUGUGGCUAUUUGGGUCUUCUGGGUUUUUGAGAAGCUGAGUCGUGGCAAGGCUGAAUGGGUUGGUGUUGGCCCAAAGUAAAAAGAGUUUUUUCAUUCUUUCAGUGCUAGGGGAAGGAACACUGAGAACAUCACCUCAUAGGGAGCAGAAUGGGACUGGCUUGGCCAACACGGAAAUAAAUAUGGGCCUCGGUUUACAAAGAACCAGCUCGACCCAAGUAUGAACUCGUGAAAAUGCAUACAAUUGGGUUUGUAGUAAGAAUUCUCACUCUACAGAAGGGUACAAUCUUAGUCAUGUUGACACAUGAUGCUUAGUAUAUUAAAAGUAUUCAUGUAAUCCAUUAAAGGUCCAUGUGUCUUUUUUUUUUUUUUUUUUUGAGGGGACAUACACUCAUUACAUGAAGCCAGCUUCAUGGCCACGAGUGCUGUCCUCAUGGCCCAGUGAAGGGGGUGUCCAGCCCAGCCCCCUUUCCUGCUACCACCGUCUUUCGAAUCCACCUCAGAAACCUGUAAGUCUUACCUGCCACAUGGAUUUACUUCUUUGUCAAGCAUUAUUCUAAGAGACAAGUCUAACAUAUUACUCUUGUCAAGACUGGGACAAUAGUGAUUUAAGGAGUGGCUGUGGAUGGAAACACAAGACAGAAAAACAGGUUUGGGGGACAAAGAGGGCAAUCUUUUGAGAGCUAGGUACAGCUUCCCUGUUGCAUUCUUAAAUAUUAAACACUAAAGUUCCCUUCGUGUCCCUCAAGUUCCAGCACCUCCAUAAGAGUAGAAGAAGCCAUGCUGCAAAGCCAAAUCACCUUUUUCCAAGGGAAGUUGUCAUUGCACACAGCAGUUCUUUUCCUCAACCAUCCUGUAAUAUUCAGUGAGGUCUCCAGGCUCAGCUCCAGACAGUGGAGGAAACAAGGGUGGACACAUGGUCCUCACCCUCAAGUGCCUGUGGUCCAUGGAGAGGACAGGAAAGUCAACGAUUAUAAUAGAACACAGUAAAGCUCUGUGGCACAGGAAUUCAUGCAGCACCAAAGGAGUUUAGCACAAGGCACCCAAGCCACCCUUGGAGUUGGGCUUUUCAAAAAGGGUGACCUCUAAUUUGGAUCCUGGAGGAUAAAAUGGAGUGGGAAAAAAGGGAGUUUUUCCAAGCAAGUAAGGAAUGAACCAGUGCAAACAAAGGCCCAGGGCCUGGUGAACCUCAGGCAUGUCUGAGAGGGCACAUGGAAAGCAGCUUCCCAUUUCAUGGCAGCCAGUUGGCUCUGCAAACCCCAUCCCUCAAGUCCCAUGCAGGAAAACCAUGCCUGAUUUUCUUCCUACUCUGUUUAAGCCAAGGAUGAACCAAGGAAGAGCCAGGAAAUAAUGAGCCAGGGGCUUUCCUGCUAGAGCUCCCAUGUUUGGCUUGGCUGAAUAUUGAAAGGCCUUGGUUUCUCAGUUGUCUGAUUCUCUUUGUUUUCAAGGCUUAGCACACAGCAUUACAGUGGGAUGGCUAAACAGAAAAAAAAAAGUCUGUUUCUGAUUGGGCAAAUAAACAUCUGUUGAACACAAAGUGGCUAAUCCAUACGAAUAACCCAAUGCUUUGGAAGUCUUUGCAAGCAAAUCUUACACAAGGCAAUUCAGUGUUUUUAGAAAAUUGAGGAAUUGCUUUUAGCAUGAAAAUGUCAUACAAUAUUAAAAGAAAGAGUUUUCCCUACCCCCCAAAAAUGUAGAAAAUAAAUGGAUCGCCACAGCUCCCCAAGGCUGUCUUUCACAUCAUCCAUCAUUGGAGGGUCGGUAUCAGGACGUCGCAUAGUACAAAGGGUACCUGGUAGAUUUUGCAAAUCCAAUGCAGUGGAGGUGUGGGAGCAACUGAAACAAAAUGACGACCUUGGAGCUGCACUUCUCCAAUCAACUAGCAAUUGGAAGGACUUGACUUGCUGGGGCUAAGGAAAAUAACUCUGGAAGCUCAUUUUCCUGUGAAAUUAAAACUGUAUUUUAGUAAAUAAAGCUGAUGCCAUUUAAACAUGAACCCUGUGACAUUUCCUGGCUUACUGCAGCUUUUCUGCUUGUCUACUCAUUAGAUCUGUUCAAAAUACAAACAUGGCAUUUCUACUUUGCCAGAGAAGCAAAUGCGGGCUGACAGGCUGAUUUUAGCGGCUAUGAUUUCCCCGUAACCCUUGCAAUUGUCGCAGUGAAUAAGGUCCCCACCGGGACAUUUUCUAACUCUGCUAUGUUUGCGGACCAUGCCACUUUCUCCAGGUUUUAGUAUUUGGUUGAUUGAGUUUAUAUCAUGACCCUGCCCUCCGUGUAACAAACAAAAUUCAUCUGAACCUUGCUGAGAGUUUGGUAUGUGUUCUACGCUGUAAAAGGGAGACUUCUCUCCUAAGUCAGAUAAAACUUCGUGUGAGUCGUUAUACUGGAACUUGCUGCAGCAUUUUGUAUCGAUGCAUAUGUAUGACACCCAGGCUGACUGCAAUGGCUUCUGAAGCAUCUAAUUCCUUUUAAAUGGAUUUGGUAUCUUUGGAAUGUGCUAUUUAAGUGUUUCUGAAUUUUCUACAUGUCAUUUUUACAGGUUCAUUUGUUUUAUGAUGUGAUGUGGUGACCAAUCACAUUGUUGUUGUUUCUCUGAAGAAAACAAAUGUACAUUUUCCUAAGCAGAUGAGUAAAUUAUUGAAAAAAUACACUUUAUGGAUCAUACGGCCCACUGUCUAAAAGGAAUUUAUUUUAUUUGUUUCACGAAGUAACUGUUCAGGUUAUAAACAUUUAUACUGUCCUUCUAAAUAUGGAUGCCAUAAUAUUUAAGUGUCAUUGAAUAUUGAUGUAUG